AUGACCGUAGUUCCGUUUCAUGCUUCUUGGAUACCGAAACCACAAGAUGAAUUCAACAUCCAAACUGACAAUUCGAAUACUCCUUUCACUCAUCCAUGGCUGCCUAAAUAUGGAUCACAACCCAUCCACCCGGCUACGCGUUACAAUCCCCUUGACUUCGCUUUUCUUCCUCCCUUACCAUCACACGUUACUAAGCCUAUUUCGAUUGAAACUACCCCUUUUAAACUAGUCGAGAACGUAGCCGAUUUGGAUUACUUGGCCACCAAGUUAUCCGAGGUUCAAGAAUUUGCCGUGGAUUUAGAGCAUAACUCCUACCGUUCUUUCCAAGGGUUUACUUGUCUUAUGCAAAUUUCAACUCGUUACGAGGAUUUUGUGGUUGAUACUCUUAAACUAUGGGAUGAUAUUGGAAGUUACCUAAGAAAAGUUUUUCAAGAUCCGUUUAAGAGGAAAAUCAUGCACGGUGCUUGUAAUGAUAUUAAGUGGCUUCAAAGAGAUUUUAAUAUUUACGUGUGCAAUUUAUUCGAUACCAUGCAAGCUUCUAAGGUAAUGGAUUUAGAAAGAAACUCUCUUGAAUUCCUUCUAAAGAAGUAUUGUGGUGUAACGGCUAACAAAGAAUAUCAAACUUCGGAUUGGAGAAUUCGACCCCUUCCUCAAGACAUGAUCAAGUACGCAAGAGAAGACACCCAUUAUCUACUUUACAUUCACGAUGUAAUGAAGACUACGAUCUUAUCUAAGUAUGGUCAAGAUUCGUUGGCCGAUGUUUGUAGGUUAAGUCAUAAUAUUAGUGUUCGAUUGUACGAGAAAGAAGUGUUCAACAAGGAUGUUUCGUACUUGUAUUUGUACGGAUUAUCGGAAGCGGAUUUGGAUGGUAAACAACUUGCGGUCGCAUGUGCUUUGUAUGAAUGGCGUGAUAAUGUUGCGAGGGAAGAAGAUGAGAGUACUGGCUAUGUUUUGCCUAACAAGGUUCUUUUGGAAAUUGCUAAGAAAUUGCCUAACAAUGAGGAAGAUUUGAUGAGGAUUGUGAAAUGCAAACAUGAUUUUAUGGAUUUUGAUUUUAUUGUCAAGUUGAUUGAAGUUGCGGUUGAUAUUGAAUCUUGCACUGCUAAGUUCAAGGAUUUGUCUCUACAAUUAAGGCAAAGGAUACCCGUAUCGGAGAUUGCAAGAAAAGUUCAAUUCUCGGGAAAAUGUGAAAGCCCUAGAAAAUUAGUUAUGUAUUCUGUUCCUAAGUGGAUUGGCGUCAAACGAAGGAUUCUUAAUGGAAGAGUAGAGGGAGAGGAUGAAGAUAGCUUCGGAGAAUUCAGUACUGUCUCCUUCGAAUCGCCUAAGGGUUUGUCGUCUUCGCCGAAAUCGACUACAUUCCUCUCUGAUCACCGUGGGAAAGGUGGAGGUGGUGGUGGUAAGGCGCCUUGUGUGAAACCUCGUCAUUCGAGGAAGGUUGUCAAAGUCAAGAAGGGUUGA